AUGGCGACCAACCGCGUGCGACGGUGUGCGAGCGCGUCGAUUUCCGCUUGCUCGCUGCAUCCACUCCCGCUUUCCCCACCCGUCGACCUCGCUUUCCCCCUCCCGUCGACCUCGCUUUCCCCCUCCCGUCGACCUCGCUUUCCCCCUCCCCUCGACCUCGCUUUCCCCCUCCCGUCGACCUCGCUUUCCCCCUCCCGUCGACCUCGCUUUCCCCCUCCCGUCGACCUCGCUUUCCCCCUCCCCUCGACCUCGCUUUCCCCCUCCCCUCGACCUCGCUUUCCCCCUCCCCUCGACCUCGCUUUCCCCCUCCCCUCGACCUCGCUUUCCCCCUCCCGUCGACCUCGCUUUCCCCCUCCCGUCGACCUCGCUUUCCCCCUCCCGUCGACCUCGCUUUCCCCCUCCCGUCGACCUCGCUUUCCCCCUCCCCUCGACCUCGCUUUCCCCCUCCAAUCGACCUCGCUUUCCCCCUCCCCUCGACCUUCUCCACCCUUCCCACGAUCCUUUUUGCGGAUGCCUCUUUCCCCCUUCUCACUCUCUCCCCUCCUCCUCACUAUGUUCCCCCCUGCUCACUCUCUUCCCCCUGUCCUCACUCUGUUUGCCCCUUUCUCAUUCUCUUCCCCCCUGCUCAUUCUCUUCCCCCUGCUCGCUCUCUUUCCCCUGCUCACUCCCUCUCCCACUGCUCAUUCUCUUUCCCCUGCUCACUCUCUUCCCCCUGCUCACUCUCUUCCCCCUGCUCACUCUCUUCCCCCUGCUCACUCUCUUCCCCCUGCUCACUCUCUUCCCCCUGCUCACUCUCUUCCCCCUGCUCACUCUCUUCCCCCUGCUUCCCCGCUUUCCCUCGCGCUGCUUCCCCGCUUCCCCUGGAGCUGCUUCCCCCAUUCCGUAUGA